AUGGCUGUCAGUACUACAGAUGUGAUUUCCCAGCCUCCUGAGUGCCCGGUCGGCCCUCUAUCCCCCAUUCUGAAGCGCAAACUGAUGUGGCAGAAUGCAGUGCAUCACAUUAUCGACCAGAGAGGAAUGCAAUGUGAGAGGCGAACAGCCAACUGUCGCAAAAUCAUCGUUACCGAUGCAUAUAUCCAAGACAUCAACAGACAGAUCCGUAAAAAAGCUGCGAGGGGUAAUGCCGGCCUGCACAAACGCCGCUCCUCUGCAGCCCGCAUCCAUCCCUUGCGACACCGCAACUCCACGUGCACCCAAAAGUCCACAGAUUCUCUCAGUGACGCCGACUUCUUCGUAAACUGGGGCUCCACGGUUCGUGGGGUCUUCCUGCCCGCUCUCCACCACAAGUUCAAGUCUCAGGAUCUAGAGCGCCUGUAUCAGCAGCACUCCUCCAGUCAGCGCAGAAAUUCCCUCAUAGUCACAAAUGUUAUUGAUAUCCUUACCAAACUCCAUAUUCUCUUCAUUUACCUGGCUGUAGCUCCUGAGAUGGUGGAUUCUCAGCGAGGGUGGUUGGCGGGGCUCUUCAUGGCACUUGGUGCAGUUAUUUGUGCCGUAGUCCUCACUUGUAAAGAUCUGACGUCUAUGGAUUACCUGCGCUACUUUGGCUUAGCGAGCUGGCUGUCUCAGACUGUGCAGGCGCUGGGUGGUUUGGUGUAUGGGUUGGAGAAGGACCAGUCUUGGUAUGUGCUCUUCACGCUGUUUGCCACCUACACAUUAUUGCCGCUUCCUCUACUGUGGUCCAUCUGCACAGGAUUCAUCACUGCUUCCUUGCACCUGUUGGUGGACGCUUAUAGAAAUUACAAUGACCCAACCAUUGUGAGAAAGUUAAUGGCAAAAGGUAUUUUGUACAUGGGUAUGAACACUGCAGGGCUGUUCAUUCAUUACCUCUCAGAUCGUGCCCGAAGACAGGCCUUCCUUGAGACACGGCGAUGCAUCGAGGGACGUGUCAGGAUGGAGCGAGAGAACCAAAGACAGGAACGAUUGCUGAUGUCCAUACUUCCCCGAUUUAUUGCCAUGGAGAUGAUUUCUGACAUGACUGCCAUAGAUGAUGAAUUGCUCCCACAACAGUUUCACAAGACCUACAUCCACCAAUACAAAAAUGUCAGUAUCCUGUUUGCUGAUAUUAAAGGCUUCACUUCUCUCUCGAUGACCAUGUCGGCUCAGGAACUGGUCCGCACACUCAACGAGCUGUUCGGUCGAUUUGAUCGCCUUGCAGAGGAGUAUCACUGCAUGAGGAUAAAGAUUCUGGGAGAUUGUUAUUACUGUGUGUCUGGAGUCCCAGAGCCUCAAACGGCACAUGCUCGUUGCUGCGUGGAGAUGGGUCUGGCCAUGAUCAACACUAUACGAUAUGUACGCAAAGACUUAAAGACAGAUGUUGAUAUGCGUAUCGGGAUCCACUCUGGCUCGGUUCUGUGUGGGGUUUUGGGACUUCAGAAAUGGCAGUUUGAUGUGUGGUCUUGGGAUGUAGAUGUUGCCAACAUGCUCGAGGCUGGAGGCAUUCCGGGGAGGAUUCACAUAUCACAAGCAACCCUGGACUGUCUAGAGGGCGUAUAUGAGACUGAAGAGGGCCAAGGCCAUGAGCGAAAUGAGUUUUUACGCAAACAUAAGAUCGAUACGUUUCUGAUCUGCCAUACGCCGCAAGAAAACAAGGAGCCACCCAAAGCUAGGAGGACCAGCAAGGACGAGACUUCGUGGAGUGCUGAACUUCCCUUUGACAACAUCAUUGGCAUGAACUGCAUCUUAGCUACUUUCACCAAUGGCUCACUGGUGCAGCUGCCCAAUCAUAUUACAGCUUACUGUGCCAGCUCUCGAGAGAUCAACAAAAGAAUCAAGCAGGCCAUCGAGGUGCGCAGCAGUGAGCGAAUGCGCAAAGAACACAUCACACCGUUCACACUGGUCUUCAAAGACGCACAAAUCGAGGGCAAGUUUUCUCAGAUGCGAGAUGAGAUGUUCAAGUCUAAUUUAGCCUGCUCCUUCCUCAUGCUCCUCUUCAUCAUGGCUGUUCAGGCCCUGAUUCCCUCACCACAAAUCUCUCCAAUGCUAGUCCAGUUUUUAGUAUUCUUGUUUGCCUACUUGCUGUUGCUUCUGGUAACACUGGCUGAGGAGUUUAAGUGCUCUCCACUGUACCUUCAACUUCUGUGCUGCUGGAUUCACGAGACCAAGAGCAUCCGUAACCUGCUGACCCUCACUGCUAUUACUAUUAACUUCGGUGUGGCCUCCUCUGAUAUUUUGUGGUGUAACACACUUGAGGUGGGUGAGGAGAACCACAAAAGCUCUGAGGACCAAAGCACUCAUUGGCCUGUGAACAUCUGCACCCAUCCUGAGUUCUUUGUCUUGAGUGGUGUGGUUGCCAUGGUGACGUGUGCAGUGUUUCUAAGGCUCAGCUGCCUGUUGAAGCUGGCUGUACUGAUGUUAGUCAUUGCUGUUUACACAUACCUCAUUGAAGUAGCCUUCCAUGUGCUCUUUAUCCGCCAAAACCAAAAUGGCCAAAUUCAAAGAUCCCAGUACCUCAAAAAAAAAAGCAUCUCUGUGCUGCUAAUGGCUAUGUUUGUCGUGGUUGUUCUUUAUAACAGUAGACAGUUAGAAACUACAGCCAGGCUUGACUUCCUGUGGCGUCUGCAGGCCAGACAGGAAGUGGAGGACAUGAAGGAACUGAGGGAACAUAACGAGUGUUUGCUCUAUAACAUCCUCCCUGCCCAUGUUGCUCGCCACUUUCUUGAGAGAGACAGGAACAAUGAUGAUCUAUUCUCUGAAUCAUUUGAGAGAGUCGGGGUGAUGUUUGCUUCCAUUCCAGACUUCACCGAUUAUUAUGAGAAGAAAGAGAUGAUUCAUCAAGACGUUGAGUUUCUACGGCUUCUUAAUGAGAUUGUCGGUGACUUUGAUGAGUUGUUAGAAGAGCCUUAUUUCCAGGAGAUUGAAAAGAUCAAAACCAUUGGCAGCUGCUACAUGGCUGCAUCUGGCUUGUCUCCUGAAAAGCAGGAAUGUGAAGAAGAGUGGGCCCACCUCAGCACAUUGGUUCUGUUCGCUUUGGCCAUGCAAGAGACACUGAAAGAAAUAAACAAACGUACCUUAAACAAUUUCCAGUUGCGCGUUGGUAUUUCUCACGGGCCUGUAGUCGCUGGAGUGAUUGGAGCCACCAAGCCUCAGUAUGAUAUCUGGGGAAUGACUGUGAAUCUCGCCAGCCGAAUGGACAGCACAGGGCUCAAGGGCCGUAUUCAAGUCCAAGAGGCCACGAGCCGUAUCCUGGCUGACCACGGCUUUGUGUUACAGCUUAGAGGAGAUAUCUACGUUAAAGGGGUCAGCGAAUGGCGGGGAGGGGUCCGCACGUACUUCGUCAGUAGCAGAGAUCAGAGUUCCAACUACGCUGAGAGAAGCACCAGCAGAGGGAUCUCUCACGGAAGGAACACUCUCGCCGCUAUGGUAUUUAACAUGGUGCUGGCUCGCAAGAAAGAGGAGGCACGGGAGGCCAACGGAGGCUUUCAUCUUAUGGAGAUGUCAUGAAUUUUAUAGACUGACCUAGAACUGGACAACAUUCAUUAUUUAAUUCCUCUUUUAGAGACUUCUGUGUCUCUCUCAUUUUUCAUUGCCUUCAAGAUAUUCAGUGUAUGUUUUUCUUUAUGAAUUUUCAUUGUUAUACAAAGGUUUCUUAUAUAGUCAUCUUCAAGCGUUUAUGAAAUGCCUGUCCUGAGCUGUGUCUCAUUUGCUCUUUAGUUCCCAUGUUGUGAAUUAGUAUAUAUCAGUAUAAUCAGGCUAUAGUAAACGCAUACUUGGGUACCACAUGGGCUGUUGUUUGUUAAGCAUUGAGUCACUGUAAGUUAUAAAAAGAUUGUGAGGUCUUUGUUUGAGAUACUAUAAGGGAUACAUUGUGGGAACUGUUGGUAUAAAUUAACCUGGAAAAUGUCCAUUUGACCCAGCUAUGGUUUGCAACAACUAAACUUUUUUUAAACUGUAGAAUG